AUGAUACCUCGACCAAUGGUGGGAAGAGCCUUUGAACUGAAGAUUCAAAGAAAAUGGGCAUUGUCACCUCAGCCUCUACUUGCCUCUCAUUCGUGCCCACAUAUAGACGAUUACAUUCGCACACAUAAUGAUGAAGGACACCGGGGUUUCGUUGAUCUCCUCGAUCACUUCAUCGCUGGUACAUCAGGAUCAUCUUUCCCAUCGUAUUUGUCUUUGGCUGCUGUAACGAUGGGUCUAGGAUACUCCUCCAAUAGUACCAACGGAAAAGUAACGCCAUUAGUGGAUCCACUCAAUCAAACAGUCAAACAGAAGGAUGGAUCUCGAAUCACCGCAUACCUCAAGGAUGGCAAACUGCAGACCUACCUCUACGAAGAUGUUCUUACGCUUUAUCAAGGCGUCCGAAGAGGAGCCCGUGUGUCAAACAAUGGUCCAAUGCUUGGUCAUCGAGUGAAGCAAGCUGACGGUUCGGAGCCAUACGUUUGGCUUCAUUACAGUGAGGUGCUUGGACGAGCCGAAGAUGUCUCUGUCGCAUUCCGAGAAUUAGGUAUUCCUGUUGGCAAUGACACGCACAUUGGGAUCUACAGCAAAAAUCGGCCAGAAGUACACUAA